UUGUUUCAGACACAAAAACAAAGAAACCAAAUCUAAAGUAUCGUUUGUAUUUGCAGGAAUGGCAGACCGAGUCCACCCGCGAGGCGACUCAACCGAACUGAGCUCCCCCGUCAAAUCAGCAGCUCCUUUGCUCGAAAAACCUAUCCCAGCGGCAGGUACUUAUGUUAUCCAAAUACCCAAAGACCAAGUCUACCGUGUUCCACCACCGGGAAAUGCUAAGCGCUACGAACAACUCUCCCGCCGUAAGCCCCGCCGUAGCGCCUGCCGCUCCUGCCUCUGCUACUCAAUUGCCUCCCUCGUUAUUCUGCUUCUCCUCGCAGGAAUCUCUGCCGGUGUUCUUUACCUUGUUUUCAGACCAGAAGCGCCUAACUACUCCCUUCAAAGUGUUUCCAUUAAAGGGUUUAAUCUUACGUCAUCACACCCGCUCUCGCCGGAAUUUGACGUCACUGUUAGAGCUGAAAACCCUAACGAUAAAUUAGGAUUUUAUUACGGGACGGGAAGUGAUGUCAAUGUUUAUUACAAGGAUGUUAGGUUGUGCAACGGCAAGUUACCUGUGUUUUAUCAGGGGACUAAUAAUGUUACGGUGUUCAAAACGGCGUUAAAAGGUGACGGUAUUGAGCUAACGAGUUCAGUCCAUAAGGCGCUAGUUGAGGGUCAAAAGAAGAAAACGGUGCUGUUUCAGUUGAAUUUGAGAGCUCCGGUGAAGAUCAGAGUUGGGUCUGUUAAGACAUGGACGAUUACCGUUAAAUUUGACUGUGAUGUAACGGUGGAUAAGUUAACAAGUAGUGCUCAAAUUGUGUCCAAGGAUUGUAAUUAUGGUGUGCAAUUAUGGUAGCGAUUCUGGUUGGGGAGUUAGGGAAUUUUGCUACUUUCUUUUUCCUUAAUUCUAUAAUUAUUUAAUUAACUAUAAUCAUUUGAGAAAAAAAAUUCUAUAAUUAUUUCAUUUA